AUGGGGCCCCCGGGCAAUAGGAGAUCAUGGGGCCCCUGUGUCCUCACCCACACUCAAACCACACCCAAAAAAGCCAAUGAAAGUAUAUGCCUGGAUACAAAUAAUGCCUUAAAAGUCCCAUUCAGAAACGUUUGUUGCUCUAGUCUAUGUAGGGAUGAUGGCAUUUACUCACUAUCAGGGGCGGACUGACAACUCAUGGGGCCCCCGGGCAAUAGGGGAUUAUGGGGCCCCUGUGUCCUUGCCCAAACUCAAAAAAGCCUAUGAAAAAGGUACCAGGGGCAUCUCAUGGUGCCCCCUACUGACCCCGGGCCCUCGAGCAGAGCCAGAGUUUCCAAAUGGUCAGUCCGCCCCUGCUCCC